AUGUCGAACAGGAAAUUAAGCUUUAUUCCAGGACCCAUUGAGUUCUCAAGUGAAGUUUUAAAGGAAAUGUCGACCCCUUCGCAGACCCACACAUCACCAGAGUUUACUGCCGCUUUUCAGGAGGCUUUGAAAAACACCAGAAGGCUCUUUCAAUCAUCUGACCCAGAUACCCAAGGAUUCGUGAUUUCAGGAUCAGGAACUUUAGGUUGGGAUCUUACGGGAGCUAACCUUUUGAAUAACGGGGAAAAGGCACUCGUUAUUUCAACCGGCUUUUUUUCUGACCAAUUCGGCAGUUGUUUAAAGUUGUAUGCUGGCUCCCAGAAUGUCGAUAUAUUGAAAGCUAAGGAGUUUGGAAGUACUGUUGAGCCAUCAGUUAUUGAGAAUAUACUCAGAGCUGCUAAACACGAAGGUAAACCAUACACUUUAAUUACAGUCACACAGACGGACACAUCCUCAGGAGUCCUUUCUGAUGUUGAAAAAAUAAGUGCUAUAGUAAAGAAGAGUUCUCCGGAAACAUUAAUAAUCGUGGAUGCGGUUUGUGCAACUGCCUGUGAAAACUUGGAAUUUGAUAAGUGGGGAAUUGAUUACGCAUUGACAGCUUCGCAAAAGGCAAUUGGUGUUCCACCAGGACUUUCCAUCUCUUUUGCUUCAUCUAGAGCGAUUAAAAAAAUACUGGCAAAGGAACAUGCGAUCGGGUUUUUCACAGAUCUGAAAAGAUGGCUCCCUAUUAUGCGUGGUUAUGAGAAUGGCAAGCCACUUUACUUUGCGACUCCAGCUGUUCAGUUGAUUCAUGCAUAUAAUGAAUCUUUAAAGGAAAUUCUCACACCAUCCAUUACUGAAUAUAUUGCUGCACAUAGGGUAGCUUCUGAUAACUUCAAGAAUAAAAUUGCUAAACUAGGCCUCAAAUUUGUUCCGAAAUCGGACAAAAUUUCAGCCCACGGAUUGUCUGUGAUUUAUUAUCCAGAUGGUAUUAAUGGUCCAGACCUCCUUUCUAAGGUUCAGGAAAAAGGAUUUGUGAUAGCUUCUGGCAUUUACAAGAAUUACAGUAACAAAUACUUUAGGGUUGGCCAUAUGGGCAUUAGUGCAGUUGGAUCAAGAAAGCACGAAUUGGAUAAAUGCUUUGAAGCCAUCGAAUCCUCCUUGGACGAACUAGGAUAUAAGAAUUAG